UAAAGCGUUCACACUUUUUGAACUAAAUUAAUGUGAUCCGUCAAUCAAACAGUGUAGACCCGCCUUCUUUUUUAUAAGAAAUAUUUCAUUGGCCAGAACCUCUCUUACGCAUAAACGUGGUGACCAGUGGUGUUGCCAUGUCCGCUUAUUAUAAGCGACUUUUUUUUUUUAAGUUGGUCAAUCACUAAUAGCACUCUACAUAAUGUCAUAGUUUUUUUUAGUCAAGUGUUUCUGCGUUUCCCAACUAUCUCUUCUAACCCAGUGAGUAACUCAGUAAAUUCAGAUGUAUUCAUGAUUCACAGAUUCAUGAUUUAGAUGACCAAUAGUUGUGAAAUCAGAAUCAGAAAGAGCUUUAUUGUAUGUUUACACAUAGGCCAAGGAAUUUAUAUUGGUGACAGAAGCUUCCAUGGUUCCAAAUGAUAAAAAUACAAUAAGUGAUUAAAAAUAAAUAUACACGAUAUACAAAAUAGUCAAUGGACAAUAUAUGGACAGCUAUGUUAAAUGCAAUGCAAUGGAAUGUGAAUAAGAGUUAUGGUGUGCUAAAUAAAUAUUAGUAUAAAUAGUGUUUUGUAUUGCACAUGUUUAUUGCCCAGUGAGGCAUUUAACAGUUCAUGAGGUAGAUGUCCUGAGGGAAGAAACUAUUCUUGUGCCUGGCUGUUCUGGUGCUCAGUGCUCUGUAGCGCCGGACGGCAACAGUUCAAAGAGGAAGUGGCCUAUAGGUGUGAGAGGUCCAGAGGGAUUUUUGACACUUCUUUUACUCACUCUUGAUGAGUACAGUUCUUGGAGAGUGGAAAGGGAUUCCAACGAUUCUCUCAGCAGUCCGGACUAUAAUUAUUACAAAUAUUUCUGUGUCCGAGUAGGCUAAACGAUGUGUUUUUCUUUUCAUGGCCUCUACAAGAUAAUACAGUUAUUUCAACUCAGUAUUUUAUGUCCAUUUAUUUGGUAAGAGGCCAUUAAAUAAAAUUUUAUUUGCGAUAGUUGAAAUCGCUUUCAAUUCGAUUACAAUUUCAGUACUUAUUUUGGUAUGGCAAGCAGUGUUGGGGGUAACUUGAGUUACGUAAUCGGAUUACUUUUUUCAAGUAACUAGUAAAGUAACGCAUUACUUUUAUAAAUUUACAACAAAAUAUCUAAGUUACUUACUCAAAAAUAAACUUACUCAAAUAAGUAACGCAAGUUACUUUGUUUUUCCAUGUAUUGUCUGACAGCUCUCCUGACUCCAUGUUGAGAGAAUCAUGAGUGCAGGAGUGUGUGAACAUGACGGUUAUUGUAGUUUUAGACUUAAUGUGAGCAUUUACUCAUCUCACUUGCACAAAAACAGAUUCAGUAUUCCUCAAAAUAAAUAAAAACUGUGAAAUGCAAACUUAGAAUAUUGCACAAACCUGCAAUAAUUAAACAAAUUAAAUUAAACAAAUGUACUUUAUGUAUUUAAUCUCACUUUAUUAACCAAUGUAUUUGCUGAUGACCUUUCGAUAAUCCAAUUCAACCAUACUAAGCAAAACUGACUUUAGACGAUUGUUUGAGCUGCGCCCUCUACUGUUCAGGCAUGAAUUUGCAUUUCCUUCAGCUUAUUCAUUUGACUUUGGUGUGAAAGGACCUUUACAUUUGCCAAAAAUAGAACUAGCAAGCCUAGCCCAAGUGAGAAAAAGUAAGGCAAAAGUAAUGUAACGCAUUACUUUUCAUAAAAAAUAACUAAGUAACGCAAUUAGUUACCUUUUUAGGGAGUAACUCAAUAUUGUAAUGCAUUACUUUUAAAAGUAACUUUCUCCAACACUGAUGGCAAGCAAGCCGUUUAUUUUUCUAGUAAGAUCUGGCAACACAGCCACUGCGUGCUAUCGUGGAUGCAAACUGGAACGUGGACAGUCAGUGCAUGAGUAUUUUGGUUAUAAAAUAUUACAUCUGUUUUGAAAAUGUACGCAAGACUGGCGGUAGAAAUAAUCUCGUCGUAAUAUUUUUUUUAUUGCACUGUUUUUUCUUUUCUUUCCUUUUUAUUAUUUACUGGACUCUGCUCUCUCAGGACGCAUACAAUAUUUAUUUUAAUAGAUUACGAAGCGGCGUAUCUCAUAGUAACCAGUGCUCUUGUUUACGGUGGCAGAAGAAUCGGUUGUUUUCCACUAUGCGGCAUUCCCCGGGGAAGGAAACUUCACUGCUGCUGCACGCUAGCUAAUGUCAUUGCACCUCUAUCUUUCUCAUUGACACUGUCAUACGCAAACGGGACGAAAACCUGCUCUUAAAACCACCUCUGGUCUUCAGGUGUUGCGUUAGCUCCCAAACACCGGCAUUAAAAGCUUUGGUAUUUUAAUUAGAUUCCAAGCUGUAUCUCGACAGAUGUCAGAGCGUCAUGGUGACAUGCAGUCUAAUGUUAAUGCCGCAUUGUGUCCUGCCAGGCGCUCAACGCUCAGUUCAAGCUCGAUAGUCAGCGGGACGCUGUAACGCUUUUGCUCAGAAUGUAUCGAAAAGUUUUGUUCUCCUACUAAUGUGACAGCCUGCUGGUUUGUUUACGUGAAAUUUUCUGGAAAUGUCCAAGACACGCGAAGUGCUACUUGUUGGGGAAGGCAACUUCUCGUUCUCGGCAGCUUUGAGCGAGAACGCAGGCGAUGAUGUCGGCGUGACCGCCACUUGCUUUGAAAGCGAGAUUCAAACAUACAGACAGGAGGGAGCCGUAUUGAACAUACAGCAACUCCGUGAGAGAGGAUCAGUUGUUCUGUUUGAUGUGGAUUGCACAUGCCUAAAGGAGCACGAAGCCAUCCAGGAUCAUCAUUUUGACUGUGUUAUUUUCAAUUUCCCUCACUGUGGGCGUAAAAGUGGUGUAAAGAAGAACCGCAUCCUGUUGGUGAAAUUUUUCCAAAGUGCCGUUGCAGUCCUGAAGGACAAUGGGGAAGUGCAUGUCACCUUGUGCAACGGACAAGGCGGCACUCCAUGUGACAGUCCAAUGAGAGAAUGGCACAAUAGUUGGCAGGUGGUUGCCAUGGCAGCAGAAGCAGGGCUAAUUCUCAGUGAAAUCCAUCCCUUUGACUGUGAAAUGUAUCAAGGUUACAGAUGUACUGGUUACAGGAGUCAAGACAAAGGUUUUCAUGUAGAGGGAGCUCUGACCCACAUCUUCACUCGGAGUCUCCCGCACACCAUGCCAGAGAAACUGAAAAUGGAGAAAACCUUUGGGAAGGAGACAGUUUGUUUUGAGCUUCCGGCAGAGUUGAGUAAUUAUAUGAACAGGAAUUUCCUUGUUCAGCAGUCACAUCAUCCAGUGAAAACUGUCCAGGAGCAGUUACUUAGAGAGCUAAAGUCAGUCUGGCCAGUAUGCACUAUGAAUGAGGACUUCCCAGAACUAGUAAGCUGCCUACCAGAAACACCUGAGACAUGUGACUCCACUCUGACCAACUCAGAAGUCUACUGGAUUAAACCUACUGAUACCUAUAUAUUUGACCAAAGCGAAAAUGAGCAAAACAACUGUGAGUCUAUGGAUGACCAACAAAGCUUUACUGCCAGCUAUGCACUACGACCGUCUCUGUUGCUGCAUGUCCAAGAGAUCACCCAGAACGAGGACUUCAGCCCUGGUACGCUUCAUGCAGUCAGUGGCCUGGUCUUUCAGAGAGUGGCCAUCUCCCCGAGCCGUUCUCCUGCGUUCCACCAGCUUCUAUUGGUGGGAAUGUUCCCUACAGAAUCCAGUCCUCUCCAGUGCUUCCAAGAUUGUUUGGAGUCGCUGCUCGCUUCUUACGGCGUCUCCUUUGAAGAGGCGCAAAUAGGCCUAGAGCAGCAAGUGUGGAUGAAUUCAAAGAUGCUUCCCAAGUUUGGGCGGAUCGCAUCUCUACCCUCUUUUUCUUCAUCCCUCGAUGAAGGUUUACAGUUAAUUGCCAUCUCAAUAAACUUGGAUCAUUUGGCCACCGUGAUUUUCGGCAUUUCUGACUGGCGCUUACUUUGGAGUGCCGAUCCUCGCUUUCUUAAGCAUUUUGAGCUCAAUCCACUUGGACCUUUCAGCCCUUUCUCCCUGUACUCACCAAGCUACUCGCAUGAUAUCAGUUUCUGGAUGGACCCAGAAAUCUAUGACGAACUGAAGUUCCAUUCACUUGUGCGAGAGGCUUCUUGCGGUUCUGUUAAAAAUGUGGCGUUAGUAGAUCGCUUCAGACACCCUCACAUGGGUCAUGCAAGCCUGUGCUAUAGGCUGACAUAUCAGUCGUCAGAUCGCGCCCUCUCACACAGCCAGGUCUUGGGACUACAGAAUCAGCUACGGAGACUGUUACCCCUGCGCCUGCAAGUCACACUGAGGUGAAGAGGAUCAAAUGGAUGUAUAAUCUUAGAUUUUAAUUUUUAAAGUUGAAAUUUAGCUUCAUAAAUGGAAGAGUGAGUCUUUAUUUUGACUGAUUUGUUUCUGUAGGUUUUUUUUAUAAAUACACACAAGUGAGUGGUUCAAUUGAAAUUUUAGCAAAUACAGUAGGGUAUUAUUCCCAUUUAUUUAAAACUGACAUAUCAAACUAUCUGAAAUCCUAUCAUUAUGCUAAUUAAAUUAUACAUAUUGUGGGAGAUAUCCAAGAAAUGUUUACAAAAUUCAGUAGUACUGUGUUACUUUUACUUGUUUAAUAUUUUUUAAUUAUGCAUGUUUAGAGAUGUCUUUUAAUUAAGAAACUCUGAGACAUAAUUAUUCAUGCACAACUGCAAAUCAUUUCAAUCAUGCAUUUUUUUUUUUUUUUAAAGAAUACUUAAAUAUUUUUCUAGGUUCUUUGUAGGGCACAUGUAUGUUUACAAUAUCUCUGAAGCUGCAUUUGAUACUGUGAUAUUUCUGGAAUGUCUGUGUUUAUGUUUAUGAUCAGUUGUGACUGUAAAUUGUAUUAUUGCUUAUGUGUGUGUCGUUUCUAUUCUUCUGGCAGUAGCGUCAACUACACUGGAUCUCUAAAAUAAAGCCUAUUGUCAGAUUACUCAAACUAACCCGCUUGGUCAAACAGUGUUGGACUAGUUGGGAUGCUUAAACUGCUGGUGUAACCUACUCAUUAAGGGUAACUAACUGUAACCUGCUCAUUAAGGGUACUCAUUAAGUAAACAUUUUGUUCCGGGUCUUUUCUAAACCUAAAAACUCUAUCAUUGAAGAUUUUUGGAGCAUUAAAGUGUGGACAAUUAG